AUGCCGCGAAACCCUGCGGCGAAGAAGCAUCAGCACAGUAACCGCCAUGAAAACGGUCUUGUAGGUCCCGGCAAACGUGUAACUAAACAGAAAUCGAAUGGUCAUCUCAAUGGCACCGCAAAGGGCCCUGUCCCAUCCGAGCCUAUUCCCCAACCCAGCCCGACCGACAACUCUUCAAACGCAAUAGCCAACGAUCGAUCCCUUGCCGCCGCCUCCGAGUCGCAGCAGGACUCCUCCUCGAAAGGGUCUCUCAAUUCUCAACCCGCCGCCGGCGAGCCCGAUUCGAGCGCUGCCAAAGAGAAGGAUACCAAGUGGGAGGCGAAUGGAUUUGCCAUGCUACAUCAAAGACGAGGCGAUAUGGUGUCUUCCCGAUCCAAGCCCUCUCAGGAUAUCAGCGCCCUCCAUCUGGCCUCGACAAUUCUGCGCUCUCGGCCGGCCUGCGAUACUGUGUCUCUGCUGAUUGUCCUUCUCGCCCUUCCGUCCAUGGUCUUGACGAUUGUCCAGGCUUUGUUCGCAUCGUUGACUCUGAUGCCAGGAGGUGGUGCCCCGGCUUCGCUGAUCUCCUUGCUAGACAUCUUCCAAGGAUCGGCCGGUGUCCCAAACUUUAGCACUACUGCCAUAGUAGAUGCCAUCUGCUUCGGACUAUGGGUCGGCCUCUGGACUUGGGCUCAAAAUUUCGCGCUCGACCUGGCUCAGAUACAAAUCGCGAUUACGCUUGGCAAUGGCAGUUCUGGGAAGAACAGUAGGGUCAAUACUUUCUGUGUGGCCGGAGUUCUCCUGUUGCACCUGGCGCGCAGCCGAGAAGUUCGUCGAUUUCUCUAUUCGAAUUUGGUACCUGUCGACCUCCUCUCCCAGACCGGGUUUAUGGACUACCUGAAAUAUCUCCCCUCGGAUCACGAUUUCGGCGACAGUCCCGGCCCACCGUCGUAUUUUAGGAGUCUAUUCGCUAUACACAUAAUCGCCCAGGGCGUCAUGGCGAGCUUUCGUCGUUACAUAUCCUCCUAUACCACAGGAACAGCCAAAUCGAAACGCAUAGAUACCGAAGCCUCGGCAGGAUCUGUGUCGGAUGCUUCGGUUCUAGACGGCUCUGGCCCUACCGCUGUUUCGUCCUCCGUCGACUUCCAGCCUCCUUCAACGCCUGGGUUCAAAGAUGGCAAGGACAGUAAAGGCGUGAGUGCGAAGAAGCGCAGGCGUCAGGCAAACCACGUCAGAAGCAGACAGCCAUUCUGGGCUGCUCUUGCUAGCACCAAAGUCCACGUCUUACGAGAGGUUGAGCACAACAAGGCUCUCCCGACCGUUGGGAACAAGGAAAGCGGCCCUUUCGAAGCAUUACAUCAAGAUCUCGUAUGGAUCACCAAUGUGGAACCUUCGUCGAUUUCAUUUGAAGCAACCUACGUCUACGAAUCUGAGCAAACACAAAGGCCUCCUCAGGGAAUCGAUUGCAGGCCGUUCUACGUACGCAUCAAUGGCGCCAAGUGGCACGCAGUAUCUCUUGAGCCACUUGACAAUUCUUCUCAGCAUGAUGGAGGUAGUGCCCAGUGGAUGGGUACGAUAUCUGGGCUCGCGCCAAAUUGCACUUAUACCUGUACAUUCAUUAGCUGCGAGGGAGACGAAGGUUUCGCAUCCAUCAUGGUCAAGACGCCGAUGCUGUUAGAUAAAGAUGUGCCCGCCUCGAUGGCCCCCGCUUCAGUUCGCCAAUCUACAACACCAUCGUCGCCUACCACCACCCUGAAAAAUUCCAUCUCGUCUGCCGAAGCUAAAUUAAACGAAGCCCGCAAUCGCCUUACUAAAGUUCGACGUCAACACAGAACUGCGUUGGUCAAAGUCGAAAAGGAAGUGGACAUCUUUACCACUCGACUGAAGACCGCCAGCGACGACACGAAGCAAAGGCAAAAGUUGUUGCAAGCCGAGCGCAAUAUCCGACAGACUGAGGAUGCCACACAGGAACUUGACGCCGCGCUCGAAAACCUGGUCUCUACGCCUGACGAUGAGAAUGACGACCACGCCACCGCCAAAGAAACGCACGAUGAACAGCAGAAGCUCCUCUCCGAAGCCAACGAUGCCCUGGCAAAGGCACGUUCGGCUGCGCAGGACGACAAGACUUGUGUCAACCAAGAACUGAACACCAUUGUUACGCGCAAGGAACGUCUGACUGCCCGCAAUUCUAAGUUGACCGAGCAGCACGAUAGGAUCACCCAAGCCAAUGCGCAAGGACUCAAUGAGAAAGAGAGAAGAGCUGCCGAAUCGAAUGCCAAGGGUGCCGAACAACAGAAGCGCGAGGCCGAGCUCAACCAGGAGAUCUAUAACAUAGACAGGGAACUGAGGAGCGCAAGGCAGCGAUGGGAAGUCAAUCUUCGCGAGCUUGACAAUCUGGAGAAACAAGAAAUGGCUCAAAGACAAAUGAUGCUCAGCAACAGCGGUCCUCUCACGCCAGAAGGUGACCUACCCGGUACUCGUCCUCCCCCGCAGCACGCCCGCCCAUAUGCGUUUGGCAGCUUUCAAGCAUUUCCCAAUAGCCCCAUCAUCGCCGAAGUCCAAGGCUCUCCUUUUGCUGCAUACGCCAAGACUCUUCCUUCAGGUGACCAACGACGACCGAGAUCGGAUACCAAUCGUUCUCUCGGCGGAAUUAGCAAUUUCUCUGCUGAUUUUGAGGAUGCUGAUCCGAUUCCUCCGAUGCCAACCUCCACCGAGUACGAUAUGAAUGGUCGCAAAGGAAGUGGCAGCAGCAGGGGCAAGAACAACGGCAGUCCAGCAGCUGCAGGGGUCAUUGGAGGUGCAUUGCGCAGUCCGCAAAGAGGGAGCUACAGUCCAGGGCACAUCCCAGGUUCAACUACGUGGUAG